GGGCGGCUCUGCCCAAUGAGGAGCGGCGUUGCUGGCAGGUGGGGAGUGUUUUUGUUUUGGGUUGAAGUUGAGGCUGAGGAGAGAGCCGAGCUAGCGACGAGCAGUCGUCGCGGCCGCUGGAGCCGCGGGAGGUGGCGGAGGCCCCUCAGUAGCCUAGAAGUCUCUGCUGCCCUUCCGACGCCCCCUGCUUUGCCCCUCCGCUGUCGGCUCCCGGUCCCGGAACUCUCCGGCCUGCCCUGGGCCCCUGUGUUUGCACUCCGCACGCCGCAGCGCCCGGCCCGGGCCGCACCCGCCGGCCCCAUGAGGAGAGACGUGAACGGAGUGACCAAGAGCAGGUUUGAGAUGUUCUCAAAUAGUGAUGAAGCUGUAAUCAAUAAAAAACUUCCCAAAGAACUCCUGUUACGGAUAUUUUCUUUUCUGGAUGUUGUUACCUUGUGUCGCUGUGCUCAGGUCUCCAGGGCCUGGAAUGUUCUGGCUCUGGAUGGCAGUAACUGGCAACGAAUUGACCUGUUUGAUUUCCAGAGAGAUAUUGAGGGUCGAGUAGUGGAGAAUAUUUCAAAACGAUGUGGGGGCUUUUUACGAAAGUUAAGUCUUCGUGGGUGUCUUGGAGUAGGAGACAAUGCAUUAAGGACCUUUGCUCAGAACUGUAGGAACAUUGAAGUAUUAAAUCUAAAUGGGUGUACAAAGACUACAGACGCUACAUGUACUAGCCUUAGCAAGUUCUGUUCCAAACUCAGGCAUCUUGACUUGGCUUCCUGUACAUCAAUAACAAACAUGUCACUGAAAGCUCUGAGUGAGGGGUGUCCACUGUUGGAGCAGUUGAACAUUUCCUGGUGUGAUCAAGUAACCAAGGAUGGCAUUCAAGCACUAGUAAGAGGCUGUGGGGGUCUCAAGGCCUUAUUCUUAAAAGGCUGCACACAGCUGGAAGAUGAAGCUCUCAAGUACAUAGGUGCACACUGCCCUGAACUGGUGACUUUAAACUUACAGACUUGCUUACAAAUCACAGAUGAAGGCCUCAUUACUAUUUGCAGAGGGUGCCAUAAGUUACAGUCCCUCUGUGCCUCUGGCUGCUCCAACAUCACAGAUGCCAUCCUGAAUGCUCUAGGUCAGAACUGCCCUCGGCUUAGAAUAUUAGAAGUGGCAAGAUGUUCUCAAUUAACAGAUGUGGGCUUUACCACUCUAGCCAGAAAUUGCCAUGAGCUUGAAAAGAUGGACCUGGAAGAAUGUGUUCAGAUAACAGAUAGCACAUUAAUCCAACUUUCUAUACACUGUCCUCGGCUUCAAGUAUUGAGUCUAUCUCACUGUGAACUGAUCACAGACGAUGGAAUUCGUCACCUAGGAAAUGGGGCCUGCGCCCAUGACCAGCUGGAGGUGAUUGAGCUGGACAACUGCCCACUAAUCACAGAUGCAUCCUUGGAGCACUUGAAGAGCUGUCACAGCCUUGAGCGGAUAGAACUAUAUGACUGCCAGCAAAUCACACGGGCUGGAAUCAAGAGACUCAGGACCCAUUUACCCAAUAUUAAAGUCCAUGCCUACUUCGCACCUGUCACUCCACCCCCAUCAGUAGGGGGCAGCAGACAGCGCUUCUGCAGAUGCUGCAUCAUCCUAUGACAAUGGAGGUGGUCAACUUUGGUGAACUGAAUAUUUAACUGACACUUCUAGAGUUACCGUGGAGUCUCUCCAGAGGAAGCAACCCGUGUUCUGGACAAGGAUUACAAAGUGAGGGCAGUGUUCAGAUCCCCAGAGCCACACAUACAUAUGCAUACACACCCUUACUCCCAUCCACUCUAGCUCUGUGACCAUGGGACUAAAAUUUGUGCUGGCUUUAAGUGGAUUGGUAAAACUUAACCAUUUCCAUUGGACAUGCCCAGAAGAAAAUCAUAGGCCAAGGUAGAGGGAGGGGGCAUUCCAGCAAACCCAUUGUUACUGCUACUGUGGUUUCUUUAUUUUGUUAAGGGGUUUCUUUGGGGAUUUUGGAACAGUAACUACAGUCCUUCAGGGUCAAGGGAAGCAUGGAAAAACAACAAAUGAUGUAUCCAGGGACCAGAAAGAAAAUUUAUUUGCAUCCUAGAAAUGGUAGCCAUCCAUUGUAAGAUGACUACAGAGCUUCUGUGCUUCCUGUUUCUAUGCCAACAUGCUGAGCAUGCUCACAAAGAAGGCUUGUCCAUUCCUGCCGUGUUUUAGUAUUUGGCCCAGGGGUUUCCUAAAUGGCUACAUUGAAAUCACUGUGGUCCAAACAUGAUUACUUAUUCACUCAAAUUGUCACUAUCUGUAUCACACUUAUGCAUCUGUCUUCCUUUCUCCCUUCCUCCUUUCUGUACUUUUGCUCAGUCUGUCAUACCUGUUCAUAGUCUGUCUACUCACACUCAACUGUUACUCUUUUGUGUUUACAGUUUGCAUUUUGGAUGAUUAGUUUGGGUUAUCAAACAUUUUUGAAAAAAAAAUCAAUAAAUAUUUUUUUAAUUCUAAUUUUUACCAUUAGGGGACCCUGCCUGAAUCUUUGCCAUUCUGAAGGGAAAUCUUAACAAAAGUAAGAAAAGUUAUGAGAAGCAAUCAAGCUAAAACUAUUUUGAUGAAAACAGAUUUUGCCUUUUUAUUUCUGUUUUAUCUUACGAUACAUGAUAAUUUGCAUGAUAUCCCCAGUAUUCCCCCUGCAAAUUUUUCUGUCAAACUCCACUAACUUAAUAAAGAAAUGCAGUUAGUGAAGAGUAUCAGGAAUGCUGCUAGAGGAUCUUUGCAGACUAGCCAGUCAGUUUCUUUUUUCCCCCAUCACAGCUCAUCAGGAAUAUAAGAAUGGCCAUAUAACAUCAGUGUUAACAGGGUAAGUAGCCAAGUGAAGGCAUUGGAGCAGCUGAAAGAACACUCUGAGAGGAAGUAAGAGUUUACUGUCUGUCCAGGCACCUGGCUGAGGAAAGGAGUUCAGAACCCAUGAUUCAAAAAAAGUCAAAAAAAAAAAGUCUCCCCCCCCCCAAAGAAAAUCA